AUGCACUUCUUCACCACCACCGCCGUCAGCGCCCUCGCUGCCCUCUCCCUCGUGCAGUUCUGCCCUGCUCCUCCCGCCGUCAUCGGUGCCAUUGCCGGUGGUCUCGGUGGUGGUGCUAUCUCCGGAGGUAUCGCUGCUGGCACCAAGAACAGCCGCCGUGACCUCCCUGCUGGUGUCUCCCAGGAGUCCAUCGACCAGUGCACCCAGCAGAUCAACGACCAGGGAUCGCCUGUCAACGUCUACAGCACUGGUGACAGCUCCGCCCGCGCCGACGAUGUCCCCCCUGCCUGCAUGAACCUCGCUGCUGUUCUCCUCGACAACCCUGCCCAGGCUGGUGGCCCUGUCCCUACUCCCAUGGGCAGCGCCAGCCUUGAGUACACCGGUCUGAGUGAGGAUGACAAGACCCAGCUCCAGAACGCUCUCUCUGGUUAA